AUGCCAGUGCGACUCAAACGAGGACUGCCGCGAGAAUCCUGCGACUUUUGCCACGGGCGAAAGAUCAAAUGCGAUCGGCCACUGCGUGCAAAAGAAGGACUUACCUCCUGUUCACAGUGUGCCCUACGUCAAAGUCCUUGCCGUUUGGAUGAUCCGACGGAGACACGUACACGUUCGCGUGCUCGCGAUAUUGCCCGCGGAGGUAAGACGGGCAUAGCUUUAGGCGAUGGUGGCAUAAUACCGCGCGAUGAUACCUUUGCUUCAGCAUCUCACCCCGAACCUCUCCAGACACGGGAAGAUGACCAGCCAGAUUUAAUAAAUGAUCCCGAUAUUAUGUUCGAUGAGAACUUUCUUACUCUGAGCCGUGACAACAUCUUCUUUCUGGAUCAAGUUUUCAUGGACGACAAUGGAGGAGCAGAAUGGCUUGCCGAUGAUCAGGGUGUUAAUGCUACUACUGGUACUAUUGAUGAAAGCCUUUCCGGCCUGGGCGAACAACAAGCGCAGCACUCGACGGAAAUACCGUCUUGUACAGACGGUGUUACAGAUUCAAAUGCCACUUUUACUACUGCAAUAAAUUGCUACUUCAAGUUUGCAGCCCCAUGGUUGCCAAUUCUCCUGGAAGACGCCUUCUGGGAGGACUACCGCAACGGACGGGCCAGCCAUGUUCUCGCCUCAGCUGUAGCCUGUCGUGGUAUGCCUUUCACCGCACUUUCCGACAAAUGGAACCUUCAGCAGCGAUUUGCUAGUGAUUUCCGAGAGGCAUAUCUCAGUGCUCGGAGCACUGCUUCCGAUGAUGGUUCAAUUAGACUCGAUGAUCUCGAAGCGCUGGCGCUCAUGGUUAAUUUCGAGUAUGAUGAUACCGAUACUCCGCCUCUUCAUUUAAAUCUGGGAAGAUUAUUUUUAAAGCAUGAAUCGCUGGUCUUGAUGACGUUACAGUCGCGUAUCCAGGAUCGUGUUUCCUCGAGUUCUGACCCAAUGGUGUCGUUGGCGAGAGCUCGGGAGCGACGCGUGCUUCUUUACUGGCACGUCUAUGGCCUUGAUGCGUUUCACUGCUUGGAUCGAAAGCAGCUCUCUCUGAUUCCCGACAGGACCACAAGUGAAAAUGGCAAUCUGCCUCCACAUGAGGCUAGAGACUUUCUCGACGCUGUCCUUGAACUUGCAGUCAUUGCCCGAAAGGUUUUGCAGCGACUGUGCAGUGAAUUGGCAAAACGUUCUGGUGUUGAGCCCAACGAUGUGGAUGACCUAUAUGGACAAAUCUAUCACUGGAGGAAUCACACUUGUCCUCCGCAUUUACGGAGGCAUGAAGAAAGUCUAGGGGUAUUGGCGACUCAUGAUAAUGACGAGGAUUACCCGACUGGGAUGCAGAGACACAUUCAACUUCAUCGGGCUGUGCUAUGGGCAUUAGAGAUUAAUUGUUUGAUGCAUGUUGAGUGCGCUGUAUCUGACUUUGGCAUCCGAGACAGUGGGAAAUUGCGAGCAGACAUAACUGCAGCACGUGUGAAAUAUGAAUGCCUACGUGCUUUGAACGACACCAUUUCCAUAUGUCACUGGAUUGAUCUGCACACCCUCAGCGACGAAGAGGGCAAGCAGCACUCUCUAGUUGAUCUCGCGCCGUUGGCCUUGCGCAAUGUUUGUGCCGGGCUAUGUUAUUGGUCAUGUCAAAAUUUGAAGGACACAAAUUCAACUCAAAUAUCCAAAACGCCUGCCCUUUUGGACAGGAGGGAAACCCGAAUCGAUGGAAGGAAUAACAUAAUAGACGACCGCAUACAGAAUGCAAAGCUAUUGCGAGAUACAGCUGCAAAGGCAACAUCCCACAGAGACACGGCCGAUAUCGUCGAGCGACUCGACAAACAAAUCGCCAUGUUCAAGGCAAAGUUGAGUAAUGCCUCAGGAGAUAAUUGA